AUGUGUAGCGUCCCGAGCACCGUCCUGGAGCGCAUGCCCAUCCCACCUCGGACAUUGUAUACCCAACCAUCAAUACUAGAUCGAGACAGCAUGGGUCUGGAAGGAAUCGCGGUCGUGUCGAGAGCAGCUGUCCAAGACUUCUUGGAUAAGAUGGAAUUCGUUAACUUCAAGAGACACCGAGAUGGCGAGCUUCGUCGCCGUGUGGCUGAGAUCACCGAUACCUGGGACUUCAAGGAGACAGCGCGCCCUCACAUCAAUACCGCGCUCGUGAUCACAGAGUCCGCUUACGGCCAUCUCACCGAUCUAGAUGCAAAGGUCGCUAUCACCAUCUUCACGGCGCUCGCGACGUCUGUAGACGACCCGAAUGCGCUUGACGGCCUUGCAUUCGACCAAUUCCAUCGCCGACACUCGGACUGUACUGUCCACGGAGACAAGAGCCCCCUCGGCUUGUUCGCCAAGGUUACGAGCCAAAUGGCGGCAUGCUACCCGAGCUUUGCAGCUGGCGCAAUAUUGGUUGCGGCGCUGCAGUUCGUGAAUGCCUCCAUCUUGGAAAACGCCACCAGAGGGACGAUGCUGCAUCCGAAGGCCCUGGGCUUUGUGGAGUACCGGCGAUUCCUGAGUGGCAUUCCAGAGGUGUAUGUCUGUUUUAUCUGGGAGAAGACCCGUUUCCCCGCUGUCAAUUGCUAUAUACAGGCCAUUCCCGAUGCUUGCAUAUUCAUCGACUACUUGAACGAUAUCCUCUCCUUCUAUAAAGAGGAGCUCACCAACGAACUAGUCAACUACAUCCAUGACCGUGCUCUUGUGGCGGGGACAUCCACCUCAGAUGCACUGCGUGAUGUCAUAGGCGAGACGGUCGCUGCAGCGGAGCGAGUGCGUAGCAUUUUAGGGGAAGGGGAGGAGAGGGACGCGUGGGAUGCCUUCGUGAGGGGAUACAUCAAAUUCCACAUGGAUGACCCCAGGUAUCGACUGCGCGAGGUUCUUGGAGAUAAUUUCUUUGUGGAGGAGUGA